AUGUCUCUCUCCACUCUACUGAUCACGAGCUCUGGUACAACGACCACGUACCUACCGCUCAGCACAGUGUAUCCCGCUCUAGCAGACUGUUCUUCUCUUUUUGUCAAUCCCGCUGUUGACGGCGUUGCCAGCCUAUUUGCAUUUGACCCCGGUUAUGCAGCCCACAAUUCUGGGCCAGCAUGCAUGCCGUCUCAAGCUUCACUUUGGUGGGAGCAAAAUACAGCUGCAGACUUGACGACAAGGACUGAGUUGGGUGGAUACAAGAUGGUCUGUCCUGAGGCUUACAAGACUGUUGCAAUGAGUGUAUUGGACAAAAGCAGCACGAGAGUUGGUUGUUGUCCCUCGGGUUAUAAUUUUGUGGACUGGGCUUCAGCACCAAAUCCAAGGCAAUGCAAUUCUCCUUUGCCAGCCCAGAUAGUCACAUAUAUUCAAACCGUCUCUUCGGGCACUUGGACAACGACCAGCACUUCAAUAUCGGAGCCAAGUUCUGUCUGGGGGGUACAAAUCAACGGCAUUCUCUUCGCCAAGCCAGCAGCUACGAGUACGAAUGUUGUCACAUCGAAAGCAGCGCAGAGCAACACAGAAGUAUCAGUCCCAACCAGUCAUCAUUCUGGACUGGCAAGAGGAGCAAAGGUAGGGAUUGGAAUCGGUUCGGUCUUGGCUCUUGUGUUCUUGUGUGCGAUGCUGGUAAUGGGGAUACUGUUCUGGAACAGGAAAAGAAAGUUGACGACUUCGCAAAGUCAGGUUGCAAUUGAGCCACAAUAUUCCGAGGAGGACCAAAAGUCGUUUCCUAAUGUGAGGAACGAGGAGAUACCCGACGAUCAGGUCAAGUCGACGCGGCAUGUUGGAAUGGGAUAA